GCAUCAAUAUGGCGUCGGUGAUGGUUGUUUUUUAAAAGGCGCUUCUCAAAUAAGAAAAUUAAGAAAUAAUUUGAAACAAAUUUUUAUUUUUUUUCACUUUAAUUUAAAAAAAAUUUUUUUUUGUUGUAGAAUAAGUUAAUUGAAGUUUUAAUAAUGAAAUAAGACAAUAUAAAUAUUAAUUUUUUUUCUUAGUGCAUACAUAUAAGCAUACAUACAUAUGUGUAAUAUGUGUGUUUUUUUUUAUUUUUUUAAAAAAAAAUUUUACAUUAUGUGAUAUUUAAAAUAUUGAAAAUUUUACUAUGACAAGAAAUCUUUUUUGUGCAACAUUUUACUAACGAAAACACUACAUUCAGCGUUUAAUUAUAGUUUUACAAGUCUAAUCAGAAUCAUAUUAAAAAUAAAACCAAGAAAUUCGCUAUGGAAAUUUAAGUUUAUGAAAAUAAAAAAAUAAAAAUCAAAACCAUAAAAUUUAAUAAGUAAUAUCAAUUAAAAUAAAAUUUAAAAUAUAAAAAAACUACUAUGAGAAAAAAAUCAAUAAAUAUCCGAUUACAAUUGAACGAACAGCUGAGAUGUUUGGAUGUACGAGUAGAAUCACAGGUAUCCUUUAUACAGGAGCUCCAGGAUUUUUUUCGGCGACGUGGAGAAUUAGAAAUGGAUUACAGCAAGAGUUUGGAUAAACUGGCAAAAACAUUACAAAUGAGACAUAAAGAACAAAAACAAAAACGAGAACAAUGGCCAUUGUUCUCAUCAUAUGCAUGCUGGCAGCAAUUGCUUAAUCAAACAAAAUCAUUGUCAAAAGAUCACGCAACAUUGUCAGAAAUUUAUUCCGUACAUUUGGUAGCUAGGUUACAAGCAAUCAUCGAGGAUGUCCAACGAAUAUACAAAAGAUGCCGAGAAAUUGGCUACGAAACUCAUGAAGAAAUAUUACGAGUCCUGCAGGAAUUACAUACAACAAUGAAAACAUACCACAGUUAUCAAGCGGAUUGUAAAGUGGCAGAAACAAAGUUACGCACAGCUGAAGCUCAACGAUCAAAACUAGAGCAAUCAAUUCAAAAAGAAAAACUGGAACGCUCAAAAAAAUAUAGACUGACUAAAAAUGAAGUGCUCAAAAGAAAAAGUAAAUAUACUGAUGCAAGACUGAAGGCUUUAAAAGCCAAAAACGAAUAUCAACUUUGCCUUGAAGCAGCGAACACAACAAUUCACAAAUAUUUUGUAGAAGAUUUAAGUGAUUUAAUAGAUUGUAUGGAUUUGGGUUUUGGAUCAAUGAUUUCACGUGCUAUUUUAAUGCAUGUAACAGCUGAUCAAGGAAGAUGUCGUGCAGUACUACAAAAUGCAGAUGUACUUUCUCAUAUUAUACAAUCUAUGGACAGUAGAGCUGAUAAACAAAAAUUUUUGGAACAACAUCAUGGUGCAUUUAUGAUACCUAAACGUAUUGAGUUUCAAGGUCAAGUUGAAGAGGAAAUUGAACCAGAAUUACAAAAAACAUUGCAUGCAGAUAUGGAACAAAGAUUAAAUUUACUUAAUCAGCGCUUAAGUAAUCUGAGAGCUGAAUCUGAAGAAAUUUGGAAAACAUUGGAAACAGCAGAAAUAACAUUACUAGAACAUUUAAAUGCUAAAGAUUAUGAUACAUCUGGUUUAUUUGGUGAUGGUACUCAUGUAAAUCAGCAAACCAAAAUGGCAGAUAUAUCAAGUAAAUCAAAAUCAGAAAAACAAGAGAUCGAAGAAUUUUAUAUUACUAAAAUACGAGAAUAUAUACUUGGAACAUCACGUAUAGCUCGCCUUGAUGCCAAAGCAGAGUUAAUUAGAAAUGCUUUAAUUAAAGAUUCUACAGAAAUUAACGAUCAAAUUGCCAAAUCAAAUGUGCCAAAACGUAAACGCAUUGGUAGAAUUAAUAUGUCUGGUCAGCCAAAAUUAUUUGGUGGUUCAUUGGAAGAAUAUUUAGAGGCAACCAAUGAAGAAAUUCCAUUGAUUAUGCGCAGUUGUAUUAGGGUUAUAAAUUUGUAUGGAUUACACCAUCAAGGUAUAUUUCGUGUUUCUGGUUCUCAAGUAGAAAUAUCAAACUUCCGAGAAGGAUUUGAGCGUGGUGAAGAUCCAUUAGCAGAUACAACUGAUGCUUCUGAUAUAAAUUCCGUAGCUGGAGUUUUAAAAUUAUAUUUACGAGAAUUGAGAGAACCACUUUUUCCAAUAAUAUAUUUUGAUCAUUUCGUGUCUUUAGCACAAUUAGAGUCUAAACAUGAAAUAGUCGUUGGAAUAAAGAAAUUUUUGCAAAGUCUCCCUCGUGCGGUUGUUAUUGUUAUAAGAUAUCUUUUUGCAUUUUUACACCAUUUGUCAGAAUACUCAGAUGAAAAUAUGAUGGAUGCAUAUAAUUUAGCUAUCUGCUUCGGGCCAACAUUAAUGCCCGCACCAGAGGAUAAAGACCAAGUUCAAUAUCAAAACCAAGUAAAUGAAUUGAUUAAGAACAUGAUUGUAUACCACGCUGAACUGUUUCCAAAAGACUUAGGUGGACUUCAAUAUGAAAAGUAUAUAUCAGACGAACCCUUUAUGGACAUUGAUGUUGGAGAUUCUCCAUCUGAUCAUGAUCAAGUUGUUGAAGAUCCAGAUUCAGAAGUUUACCCAUCAGAAGAUGAAUCUGAUAUACUGGAAGCGAUAGUUCAAUUUGACUUUAAAGCACGUUCCAACAGAGAAUUGUCGUUGCGAAAGGGAGAUACAGUAGUAUUAAGGAAACAAGUAUCCAACGAUUGGUGGCAAGGUACUAUAGACGGCAAAGAAGGAUUAGUUCCAGAUAAAUAUAUUUCACUUAAAAUCAAGGGUGAAGAUCAAGUUAAAUGUUCAAGUUCUGAAGAAUCUGUCAGAAAAAGGCGGCCCAGUGGCAACAUGCAGACUAGCAAUCAAUUGUCAAUUGCAAAACAGCAAACUAUGCAACAACAACAAUCAUUGAGCAGCAACGAAACAUCAGUUAUACUAUCAGGUGGAAAUGAUCAUCAUCAGUUUCAACAUCAGCAACAACAACAACAGCAACAACAAUUGCAACAGCAACAACAAAUGCAACAACAACAACAAAUGCAGCAACAACAACAAAUGCAACAACAACAACAACAUCAGCAAUAUCAUCUCCAUCAUCAUGGCAAUGAAAUACAUAAGAGCCCGUCGAUGGUUUUAAUUGAAGAUGGAAACAUUUGUGGGGGUGUAAGUGGUGGCGGAGUUUCACAUACGACAAAUUUGAAUAAUAUAUCACAACAAAUGAGCAGUGAAGAUUUAUUAAGUGAAAAAUUUCAUCAAAAUACAAUAAAUAAUACCACCAUUAAUAAUGAUAAAGAAUCAACAUCAUCAACUGCAUCCACUGAUUUGAAUAGUAGUCUGCCAACAAAGUACAGUUAUCAUGAUGAAAUUCAUUCCUUUGAAAAUUCAAUGGAAUUUUCAGAAGAACUGAGUCAUUUUCCUUUUGAGGUGAAGAAAACUGCAAAUGAACCGAUUUAUGCUGAACCAAAUAAAGUCCCACAGCCAAUUAAAAAAGACUCUAUUGAAGACCAAGAUCAAGUUGAAAUACGAUUUUCUGAGCAUGAUAGACCAUUGUUUCCUCAAGGAAGGCGUUCAGAAAAUGUUAAUAUGUUACAUGGUGCAAAUGAUGAUAAAAGUCCGUCAUCAGAACAAAUGAAAUUAAAUCGUCAUUCAGCAGAUAGCAAUUUAGGAUGUUGUAGUACUAGUGGCAGCAGUAGUAGUAGUAAUAUCAGUAACAGUAGCAGCAAGGACAGUAACAGAAAUUUGUUUCGUCUUAACCGAGAUUUAUGGGAAAAAAGAGCUGAGAGUGGUUUACAGGGAGGUAGUUUUAGUCAAUCUAGGAUAUUGGAAAGGACUAGAGAUGCACCGGAUUUAGUUAUGGAUUUGCCAUUAUCUGAUCAUAAGAAUGCUGCUACUAGAAGUUCAAUAGAUUGUUUAGAUAUGGAGCUUUUGGAUGAAUUAACAUCAGCAGAACGCUUUGCUUCACAAAAUCAAUGCACUUUGAAAAAGAAUGAAAGAUUUUCUACAUCAACAGAUUCUUCACUUCAUAAAAGUGAGGAAAAACUUGAUACCAAAAUUAUUGAAAAACCUAAAGCAAAAGUAAAGCCGCAACAAGCAGAAUCUCUUGAUACUAGUUUGGGUUCAGAAGGAGUUUCUGUUGGGGGUGCUAGUGUUAGUGCAGCAAUUGUUGAAAAAAUUAAACAUUUAGAAGAAGUAUUGCACAUUGACGAAGGAAAUUCAGAGACAUCAUUAUUUGGCCCAAAAGAAUUAAUUCAAAAAAGUCCAAUUCCAACUAGAAAUACUCAAAAAUAUGUUUCGCAAUUCGCUGAUUUGAAAUUAACUGGAGGUUGUCAACCAGAUACUGUAUCAGCCGGUACUAGUUCUUUAGGUGUUGGUAUUCCAAGUAGCUUCACUAAAUCUCUUACUACCACCGCAACUACACCUGAACCACUUCAACUAUCUUCAUUUAAACCACAAGUAAAAGUGAAACCCCAAAUUUUGAAAAAAACUUUUAUACGGACUCCAACAACGCCAGAAGCCAAACGAAAAAAUAUGGAUAUUGAUCAGCAUUAAAAUAAAAACAUUAAAAAUGAAAUUGAAAUAAUUUAUAUAUACAUUUACCUUUUAAACUAUUAUAUCCUUAAUUAUUAUUAUUAUUAUUAUUAUUAUAAAAACUAUACAUCUUAUAAUAAUUAUUAUACAUACGUAUAUACAACAUAAUAUGUAACUUAUAACUACUAUAAGGUGCAUUACAGAAAUAAAUAG